GUGAGGGGAGAGAGACGAGGGAGGGAGCUUUGUCCACCCGGAGCCCCCCUUUGACGUAUUUUCCCGGGGUGUGGUCAUUCUUUGCAUCUGAAGCAAAGACCAGUUAUCCUUGGUGUGUCGAGAUCCAUGGGGCAAACGCAACGAACGGGUCCCCUUGGGAGGAAGGGGAAGGUUGAUAACGUUGUCCUAUCCCACCUCGUCAACCAGGGCUUGUGAUGCAUCUCCAACGUCGUCUCCACUGCCACCGAACUCGAACCUCCAGGGGUUGGCUAUUUCAACACUCGUUCUCGGAAGAUCUUGAGUUACAUGCGCGCCCGGUGCGGCGACUUGGCGACCUUGGCCCUUGCCAGUACCGAGCAACUACGUCCAUCCGGACACAUACAACUCGCGUUAGACGGCCAGAGCUAUAUGGAGCUGUGAAAAGCCGGGGGCAGAAAAACAGAAAGCAGCUGAUACUUCGUCUCGGAUUUUCGAUAUGCGGCUAUCAACAUCGUCAGCGGCCUCUCUCGGCCUGCUAUGGAUCACAUUUGCUAUGUCGUUCGUCGGCGCCGUGGGAACAGCCGGGGAGGAAUACUUCGCGGGUGAACACGUUCAUUUGAUUGCGAGGCAACAACUACCUGAUCUUAGCAACAUAUCGACAUGCGGCUUGAACUGCCUUGUCCAGGGUAUCGCAGGGGUCGGAUGCGACCUCACGAACACGACGUGCUCGUGUGCGAGCACUGGCCUGGGUCAGCUCGUCGGCCCAUGCUUGAUUGCGAACUGUACCAUGCAAGACUCCCUAGAUGUCGCGAAGCUACAACAGACGCAGUGCAACCUACCUCACGAGUCUGACACUGGGAAAGUCCUCGCCAUUCUCAUCACUGUCUACGUUACGGCUGUCAUUGCGAUUGUCUUGCGACUUAUUGCGAAGAAUCUUGCAAAGACUUGGAGUCUAGACGACGCGUUGAUCAUUGCGGCUAUUGUCAUUGCGAUUGCCCCCGUGUCUGCAAUCAUUCUUAUGUCAACCCUAGGAUUUGGCAAGCAUCUCUACGAUCUCAAGUCGGGUGGUUUGCUUCAGAUCCUGCGUCUUUUAUACGCCGCCGAGAUUGUCUACGUCUUUGUACUCUUAUUCGCGAAGUUAUCGCUCGUCGUCUUCUACUUGCGAAUUUUCACGGUCCCAAAGUUCCGCAUCGCUGCGUACACUCUGAUCGGAUUUCUCGUCGUCGGCCAGGUAGUCAUUGGCUUUCUGACCAUCUUCUCAUGCCACCCGAUCGAACUAUUCUGGAACAAAGACAACCAUACCGGUGCCUGCCUCGACGUCAACCAAUUGGCCUACGCGAACUCUGCCUUGGCUAUCAUCCAGGACUUGCUCAUCCUCGCCCUUCCGAUAGCGAUGCUUCCAGGCCUGCAAAUGAACCGGAACAAGAAAAUCUCGGUCGCCAUGGUCUUCCUUCUGGGAUCCGUCGGCUUCAUUUCAACCAUUAUUCGUCUUCAGGUUCUGGCAGUGUUUGGUAACUCCAUCGACCCGACGUGGGACUACGCGCCCGUUGUGUGGUGGACGACUAUCGAACUAGGCGUCGUUGUCGUGUGCGCUUGCGCGCCCAUGAUUCGUAACCUGGUCGAGAAGAAGUUCCCUGGCUUCGCGCUGUUUGCGAGAUGGACCACCCCGAAGCCAUCAAAAGGCAGUAGCCCCUCCUCAGACGGCAGCGUGGACAAGCCGACAAAGGCUGCUGGGAGAUAUCAGAGGUUUGGGCGGAGUAACAGCCCACCUCAAUUUAGCGACAACUACGUCCGCGACUACAUCACGAGCCCCAAGGGCCCUCCUGUCCUACUAAAAGACGACCAGACGCCGUUGCGUAAGUACCGAGACAUGUACGCGUACGGUGGAUCCAAACCCAAGGUGCUCGAGCCCUCUUCGCCGCCGCCUCAGCCGUACGACCUGUCAUGGAGGUCGAUGAACCCAUAUGGAAUUCCCAAAGAUGAUCUCGAAUCAGGCAUUGGAAAGACGAAUUAUAAUCUUGAUAUUGAGAUGCUGGAAAGGAAAGGCAGGGACGUGUUGGUGGAACAGAAGGAGCUUUGCUCUCUCUGCGGAAGAGAAAGCUGUAGUCACAUGUAACAAAACUGUUUUCUGUCCGUUAAAUAGAUAUCCAUUUGUUUAGACAUGAUAAUUGUUGCUUUACCACUUCUUCAACAACUCGUUCUC